UGCGUAUAAAGAGCGCGAGCACCAGGUCUCAGUGAGCGGACAGGUUUCAAGUGCGUGUGCACUUUUGUGUCUUUCCUUGGUGCGCGAGCAUCAGGACCUGUUGUUUUUAUUUAUUUAUUUAUUUAUUUUUGUAUGGGGGGGUUGCACCACCAGAAACAGGAGGAUGUCCCAGCGUUACUGCUGUUGUUGGAGGCACCUGGAAUGCCUACGCAUUGGACGUGUCGGGAGCCAAAAGUCGUGAAAAGUCGCUGGUCGGUUUGUUCCUCGUGGCGCAGAAUCGAGCUUUCGAGGGAAAGUAUCACGAGGGUCCCAGGUUUAGUCAUCCUAUGAAUGGGGCUGUGCUGUGCCCAGCUCAGCUCCUCGUGCCCUGGUCAGGACUAUGCAGGGCCCUGGUACCCUCCUGAAUGCAUUGGCCAGCGGUUUGCGAGAGCAGGGAGGGCGGUGGGGCCCACCGAGGCCGAGGUGGACGUGGUGCUAUGCCCCCUCCAUUCCGGAUAGCAGUGCUGGGUGCGCAGGGGGUGGGCAAGACAGCCAUUGUGCAGCGCUUCCUCCACGAUGACUACAGUGACGUGGCCUCAUCAAGCCGCACACGUCGGGUGUAUCUGUCCGCCGCUGUGCUCAACGGCCAUGUGCACGACCUGCAGAUCACAGACUACCCGGCCAUCAGCAGCUUCCCCGUCAGCUCCCUCCAGGAGUGGUCAGACGUUUGCUGUCGAGGUAUCCGCAGUGCCCAUGUCUACAUUCUGGUUUACGACAUAUGCUGCUUCGACAGCUUCGAGUAUGUCAAGACUAUGCGCCAGCAGAUCCUGGACACCCGGGUCAUGGGUGCAACAGAGACACCGAUCUUGAUAGUAGGCAACAAGCGUGACCUUCAGCGAGGCCGGGUCAUCCCUCGCCACAAUGUCUCAGACUUGGUGCGCAAGAGCUGGAAGUGCGGCUACGUGGAGUGCUCGGCCAAGUUCAACUGGCACAUUUUGCUGCUGUUCGGCGAGGCUCUGCGGAGCGUGGGCUGUGCCAGGUGCAAACACGUGCACACCACGGUACGCUUUCAGAGAGCACUAAGGAGAGAGCGUUGCGCCCUCAUGUGAGGUGCGAGCUUGUCACGAUGUCUCACUCGGUUUGAAACAAAAUCCAGUUAUAGCUGUGAUAAUGAGUUUGGGUUGCCUUCUAGCCAAGGAAUCCUGUCAUGGACGUUUCACUAAGGAAAAAUGUGUCCUCUGUUCACACAAACUGCUUACUGAUGCCAAGAGGAAUCCUCAGAUGCUGCUCGUCCUGGAACGAAAUGUAUCAACGUUGACUGAAGCCUCAAAAAUCAGCUUUAAUAUUCAUGUUGCUGAAAUGCAAAUAAUGUGUUCAUGCUGGGACUGCUUUAAGAAGCCCAUUAAAGCUUUUUAUCUCGGGCAUA